CCGUGUCACCAUGUCCCUCCUGCGCCCGCUGCUGCUGGCCCUGGCCCUGGUGGCUGUGCCGGGUGCCCAGGGCGCCUGCCCGGUGCCGGCCGACCUCAAGCGGGAGGAUGGGACUCGCACCUGCGCCAAGCUCUACGACAAGAGCGACCCCUACUACGACAACUGCUGCCGGGGCGCCGAGCUCUCGGUGGAGCCGGGCGCCGACCUGCCCUUCCUGCCCUCGGGCUGGGCCAACACGGCGUCCUCGCUGGUGGUGGCGCCGCGCUGCGAGCUCACCGUGUGGUCCCGCGCGGGCAAGGCCGGCAAGACGCACAAGUUCUCCUCCGGCUCCUACCCGCGCCUGGAGGAGCUGCGCCGGGGCAUCUUCGGGGACUGGUCCAACGCCAUCUCCGCGCUGUACUGCAGGUGCUACUGAUCCCCAGGGACGCACCGCAGCCCCCGCCCACCCCGGCCUCAAGACCCUGGAGGAGGGCGCCUUCAGCCCGCCACCC